AUGGCUGCGCAGCUUCCGUGGGAGUUGGAGGAAGAGAUACUCUCUCGUCUUCCACCUAAAUCUCUUUAUCGUUUCAGAAUCGUAUGCAAACGAUGGAACCGUGUUUGCGAAGACAAGACAUUCCAAAACAACCACCUGUCUCGCUCCCGUCCCCAGUUCAUCUUCCUGACCAGAUCCAAAGGUUAUUCGAUAGACAUAAUCAAUCCCAACAGUAUCGAUCCAAAGAUAGAGUUGCUUGAGCUACACUCCUCUCCUAUUACUCCCCUAGAUUACACAACCAUCACUACUUGCGAUGAGCUCUUGUUUUAUUACGAUCGCUAUGGGCCCUGGAAAACGCUGCUCUGGAAUCCGUGGCUAAGACAGGUUAAAAGGAUAUUCAAGAUAGAAGAGUUCAUAAUUUUCGGCUUAGGGUACGAUAAUAGUAGACCAGAAAAGGUUUACAAGAUCUGGGGCUAUUCUUUUCGUCGCCACAACGAGGGAACUGCUAUCUACGAUUGUGCCUCUCGCGCGUUGAAGUUUAUUUAUACACGUGUGAAGAAGCGGAGUGCAAAAGUUGAACGAAAAAUAGUGUCCUUGAAUGGAAAUCUCUAUUGGAUUCCUCUUAAUGACGAGACUCGUGAUGAGCACAUCAUCCGAAGCUUUGAUUUCUCUACGGAGAGUAUCAAAACCUUUUGUCUCCUUCCAUGUCAGAAGAACCAUCCUUAUGAUGAACUUCUCCUCGCGGUUUUCAAAAGAGAUGGGUUUUCGUUGUUGAAGCAAUGCUAUUCAACAAAGAAGAUUGAGGUUUGGGUAACAAAGAAUAAGAUCGAUAAAGAGGAAGUGGCGUGGAUAAAACCCAUGACUCUGCCCACAAGUAACUUGCCAACCCUAUAUAAGAAUUUGUGUAGUUACUUCAUCUAUGACAAGACCCUAUUUAUGUGUUGUGGCUACAGUAAUGCUUCCAUCUACAUCGUGAGGGAAGAUACGUGCAAGAAGUUUCAAAUACAACAUGGGAUUGGGAUUUUUGAGUGUCGUCACUGUGUUUCCACUCCCAGUUUGAUCUCGGUUCCUUUGUUUAGUGGUUAG